CUUUGUGGGGUUUCCUUUUUUUUCUGUUUCAAUAUAAGAAGAACGAACAUAUCCACCAAGGCAUGGCUCGACUGCUUGUUUUGGUCAACUCCGUCGUCCUGUUGCUUUUUGGCAGCGACAUGUUCUUGGUUGGAGCAAAUCGGCCACCAGCGCCGGUCAAUGUGUCUGUGAUGCACCUGCGAGCCGACUCCGCAACCGUGUCCUGGGAGGUUCCGGAGGGAGACAUAAUAAUUGGCUUCUCCAUCUCACAACAGAGGCAGGACGGACACAUGCAGCGCUUCAUUCGGGAGGUCAACACGACCAGCCGCUCCUGCGUUCUCUGGGACCUGGAGGAGGAGACGGACUACAUCAUCCAGGUCCAGUCGAUCGGUCUGUACGGGGAGAGCCAAGCCAGCAAGAAAGUUCACUUUCGCACACUCAAGAAAACAGACCGCUUCCCUUCCAACAGCUCCAAUCAAGAUGACCCCACUGUCCAGGGCCUGGACAAGUCUCGGCAUCUACAGACAGGAGAGAUGAUCAUAAUAGUGGUGGUCCUGGUCAUGUGGGCAGCUGUUAUUGCCCUCUUCUGCCGGCAGUAUGACAUUAUCAAGGACAACGACUCCAGCAACAAUAAGGAGAAGGCCAAGCCUUCGUCGGAGAGGAGCACGCCGGAGCACCACAGUGGAGGGCUGCUGAGGAGCAAGUUUCAUCCGUCUGUACCAUCAAUCAACAUCAUCGAAGUGUGAGAAGCGGGAAAGCCGACGUUAGAUCCGUCUCUCUCUCUCUCUGUCCGACAUCAGUUCAUUGUUGACCUUCCUCGCCGACGGGAGAGUCAACGCACAGAAUAAAGUGAGUUUUCUGUCGGGCGUCAUCGGAGGAGAAGCACUUAUGGAAGAAACAAA